CUUUAUUCCACACACACCAUAUUUAUUUCAAAGUUAAUUUUCUCUCUCUUCACCAAAGAAAUCUGGAAAACUCUCUCAUUCUCAAACAAACCCUAGCCGCAGCCUCCUCCCUCCUUCAGUGUGUCUCCGACGGUCGUUACAUUGCUCCACCAUCUUCAUCCUCUCCUUUUCAUCUGAGUGGAAGCAGACAGAUAAGUCUUUCAUUUGUCUGAAAUAGUUGCUUGAAUGCAAUAAUCUAGAGUGGAUCCUUCAAUGUGGUUUGAUUUGAUGUUAGGUUUCAAUCAGUCCAUUCAAACGGCAACAACAACAACAACAAAUCAUAUUCAGCAGAAGAAUGAGGCAGAUAUGGUUCCCUUAAAAGAUUGUACCCCAUCUGAUUUGACAUCACUGCAUACCUUUUCUAGAGAUGUUAAUGCUGGCUUUGCAGGGACAAAUGUGGGUGUCGAUAGGCAUUGUAUUAUCCGGGAACUACCUGGUCAACAACCUGGUCUUUCUUACACUAGUUAUUUUCAACAACCAGGCGUUCAUGAAUCAGAAGCUAUUCCUUGUCAUUCUUCAGUAUCAACUUCUGUUUGCAUGCAAAAUAAAUCUGUCAGUUCUGUAUUUGCAAAAAGUGAUCCAAAAUCUUCUACCUUGGCAAAUCAAAAUAGCUCAAGUUCUCCGCAUACAAAUGGCAGUAUAACCAGCAGGUUAUCCAAAGAAAUAGAAAUUCUAAAAAAGGCUCCUCAUUUGCAUUCUAAUUUUACAGUAGCCACCCCUCCAAGAACCUACAACCAAACAGGAAAUGUUCCAUCAUUUGCCAACCCAAGAAGCCAUGUCUUUCCCAAUACUAACUACAGACCAAGUACUUCUACUAACUACAGGCCAAUUACUUCUACUAACUACAGACCAAAUGGUGCAGUAUCUAAUGACAGAGUUAUGUUGAGUGAGAAAUUCAGAAGCGGAGAAUCUGAGAUGUCAAAGGAAAUUACUCGGGGUCCUCGGUUUCAUCAAAGAAAUUCCAAUCCAGAGUCAUCAGUAGUUAAGGAUGAGUUUGCAUUCACUGUAUGCAGAGAUCAAUAUAACCUUCCAGAUUUCCAAACAAAAUAUGAAACUGCUAAGUUUUAUAUGAUUAAAUCUUUCAAUGAAGAUGACAUUCAUAAGGGCAUUAAAUAUGAUGUUUGGACAAGCACUCCACAUGGAAAUAAGAAGUUGAACGCCGCAUUCCAAAAUGCAGAAGCUAAAUUAAGUCAGACAGGCACACAGUGCCCUAUCUUCCUCUUCUUCUCGGUUAAUGCAAGUGGGCAGUUUGUUGGAGUAGCUGAGAUGCUAGGACCGGUGGACUUCAAAAAAGACAUGAAGUUUUGGAAACUUGACAAAUACAACGGGUUCUUCCCAAUUAAGUGGCAUAUAAUAAAAGAUGUUCCCAACCGCCAGUUUGCACACAUUACCCUUCAAAUAAAUGAAAACAAGUGUGUAACUUUCAGUAGGGACACACAAGAGAUUACACUGAAGGAGGGCCUGGAAAUGCUGAAAAUAUUUAAAAGUUAUCCAGCUAAGACUUCUCUAUUGGAUGAUUUUGAUUUCUAUGAGAAUCGAGAGAAGUUAUGUCGUUCCCAAAGGACUGAGCAUACAGGCUGGAAACAGGAAGCGUACAAUAAUGAUAGUUACCAUAACACUAUGAAGGCAAGAGAGAAGAGAAUAGAGAUGCAAUCAAGUGGUACCAAUCAAGAAACUCUGGUCAAUCUAACAAAGAAUCUCUCUCUCAAUCCCUCUGAAAGACAAGGCUUUAGAAGACAGGGCUUUAGAUAGUCGGAUUAACCGAUGACCAAGAAAAUACCAAAAAAAGGAUGACCAGAUUUUUUUUAUUAAUUUAUUUUAUCUGUGUAGGUAUUUCAGGGAAGCAUAUCUGUAGUUUGGAUAUAGAGCUUCCCUUAUGUUCGACUAUUAUCUAAUUACUUGUGUCAAGACGUGCACUGCUUUUCUAUUACGUUAAGCUGUAUGUUUAUUUUAUCAUGUUAUAAUUUUUUUUGGAAAAUACAACAAUCAAAUAAAGACUUAACUUAUA